UUUAACAGUCUGGAUUGGAAUACUUCCUUCCCAGCAAUUUCCGUUUGUGAAGUAUUCAAUGGAGAGAAAAUGUGGGAUCUCAAUGAAAUCUAUUUCGGUUCUGAUAGGGAUAAAUUUCAGGAUGACUUGGUCAAUGAUUUAGCAUUCUUCAAUGGAUUGUGCUCAUCAUGCAAAAUCUGCAUUCAGCAAAAUAAAUCAGAGUGUCGUGGAAAUUUCUCUGAAACUGUCGAAAAAUUCAGAACUAAAUGCGAAGAUCUCAUUACAAAUUGUGCAUGGAAUGGCCAAAACUUUAGCUGCUGCGAUGCUUUCCUGCCCUUAAAGACAGAAUUUGGACAAUGCUACACAAUCAACAGCAUCCACACUAGUCCCCAAUAUGGCAUGAAAUUGAUAAAUAACCGACAAAGUGGACCUGGAUCUCUUUACAUCUUUGCCCUGGAAGACAUUCAAAUACACCUUCAUUCAUCUUAUGCUGUGCCCUAUAUAAAUACCGAACAUGAUCUCCAGGAAACUAUUUUAUGGGGACUUCAGAAGGAAAUUCUCUUCAAAACAGUCGAAUUAUUCAAUGAUGAGAAUUUGCAUCAGCAAAAGAUCUCACAGAGACGCUGUAGAUUUUCCUCAGAAUUUUCUAAAAGCAACAAAAUUAAACUUUUCGAUGUCUACAGCUACUCAACUUGCAUUACAACUUGCGUUGCAGAAGCUCAAAUAGAACUUUGCAAUUGCACUCAUCAUUUGAUGCCCGAAAAUAAGCUCAAAAAAUUAACAAAAAUCAGAAGAGACUGCAAGUGUAUCGCCUCAUGCGAGGAACCUGAGUACAAUAUCGUGUAUUCUUCUAAUGAUUACUUCGGAGAAGAUAUGGGAAGUCCAAUAACUAUAUCAAUGUCUGCUCUUCCCACCACAAGAUUUAUCAGACACACAGUCAGGACAACGUUGGAUUUUAUCAGUAAGUAUUACUUCGGAAUUUCGAAAAGAGAAUAA